GGGAAUGGUUUUCAGGAGCAAGGAACAGAUGAGGAAGGCACUAAUAAAAUAUGGACUUCUGACAUUUAGAAGUAUAAACUUCAUGAAGUCAGAAGAAGGGAGGAUCAGGGCUAAGUGUGGAUGGCCUGGAUGUCCGUGGACUAUAUAUGGUGCUUACAGUAGCAGGUGUUCUAGAUUUCAGGUGAUCACAUAUGAAGAUCAACAUGAGUGUGCACCUAACAGAGACAAUCACCUUGUCACAGCAAAAGUUAUUGCUAGGAGAUAUGAGCACAUCUUAAGAGCCAAUCCGACAUGGAAAAUUGAUAGCAUUAAAGCCACGGUUCUGAAAGAUUUCUUUGCGGAUGUUUCAACAUCAAAGUGCAAGGCUGCUAAGAAGAUAGUGUCAGAGAAGCUACUUGCCGGACUGAAAGAUGAGUACACCAAGGUGUUCGAUUACCAGCUUGAACUACUUAGGAGCAAUCCUGGGAGCACAAUCCUUGUUGGCUUGAACCCUAAGUACAUGGAUCAAAAUAUUUUCCAAAGCUUCUAUGUAUGCUUCAAUGCUAUGAAAAAGGGUUUUAAAGCUUGCAGAAGAGUUAUUGGGCUUGAUGGCUGCUUUUUCAAAGGAGCAUGUCAAGGUGAGCUUCUAUGUGCUAUUGGUAGAGAUGCUAAUAAUCAAAUGUAUCCAGUAGCUUGGGCAGUAGUGGAGAAAGAAACUAGUGAAUCUUGGGAGUGGUUUGUUGGCCUUUUGAUAAAGGACUUGGAUAUUAUUGAUCAAGGUGAAGGAUGGGUGUUCAUUUCAGAUCAACAGGAGGGCCUUAUCAGUGCAAUGCAAAACUACGUACCAAAGGCACAACAUAGAAUGUGUGCUAGACACAUCUAUGCUAACUGGAAAAAAAAGUUUAGAGAGCAUGCUCUGCAAAAGAAAUUUUGGGCAAUUGCCAAGGCUGCAAACAGAGAAGAUUUCAUGUAUAGGAAGGCCAAGUUAGCUCAAGAUACACCUGAAGGUGCAAGGGACAUAAUGAGGACAGAGCCUAAGCAUUGGGCAAGAGCAUUUUUUCCUGUUGGGUCCCUUUGUGACUCAGUCGAUAACAAUCUAUGUGAGUCCUUCAACAAUGCUAUAGUUGAGGCCAGAUUCUAUCCUAUCAUCUCUAUGCUAGAGAAGAUUAGACACAAGAUGACACUUAGAGUCCAAGAAAAUAGGAGCAAAAGUGAAAAGUGGACAUCUAGUGAUAUAUGCCCAAACAUUUUCAAGAAGCUUAAGGUGGCCAUCAAAAUGACUCAGUUCUGUGAUGUGCUCUGGAAUGGCAAGGAAGGGUUUGAGGUGAAACAUGUCAGUGGCAGAGGAAGGAGCUAUACAGUGAACUUGGACAAAUGGACUUGCUCUUGUGGUUACUUUCAGCUGGCAGGGCUGCCUUGUUGCCAUGCCAUCAGUGCCAUAUACAAGAGUGGAAGAAACAUAGCUGACUUCAUUCAUAAAUGCUAUUCAGUUGAGCAAUUUAAGAAGAUAUAUGAGCACUGCUUGGAGCCAGUAGAAGGACAAGAGAGAUGGCCUAUCUCUGACAAACCUAGACCACAAGCACCUGGGUAUGUGUGUAUGCCAGGUAGGCCUAGGAAUAAUGACAGGAAGAGGGAAGAGGGAGAAGCACCGAAAGGAAAGAAAAUGUCAAAGCAUGGCACUAAAAUUACAUGCAGCAUGUGUGGCCACAAGGGGCAUAACAAGACAGGUUGCAAGAAUAAUCCUGAAAAGGGGAAGAAGAAGAAUGCCUUCCUGAAGAAAACAGGCAGGAAAAUGAAGUCAUCCGAGCAAGCAAACACUGAUGCUCAAAUCAGAUCAAGCCAGCAAGCUAAAAGCAUUGGAGAAGUUCAAGCACAAGCAGGAUCAAAUGGUGGGAAGAGGAAGGCUACCAAAAAACAGAAUGUGCAAUCCAAGAAAAAAAAUCAAAGAUGUGAUAUGAUGGAGUAGUGAUUUUCUGUUAGCAUAUUACUGAACUGCUAUGUCCUUUUGUUCCUUAUGUCACUCUGGUCAUAUAGUACCUAUUGUGUGCUGAACUUAUGCAAAAAUAUGGAACUAAACUGCUGUACUAGUGAUUUUCUCACUCUGGACUAGUGAUUUUACUAGACAUGUCA